GGGGUGGCCUGGGCAAUGGGCAAGGUCUGGGUUGGUCUGGGUGACUAAUGUGUCUAUUGGGGGUACUCAUACUGGGGUGCUGGGGAAUUUGUUAUUGAGCAUGCGGUGGGACUGCAGUCGAAAUCUCUGGGUAGGCUCUGAGCACACAUUACAUAUCAGACAACAGAAACGCAAUAGGGAAGUGAUAUUGAGUGUACAACGGGGAUGUACAAAUGUCAUAAGUGCAGAACGUUCCUACGUAUUGAACUUCACAACUCGUUUGUAAAACUGUACGAAUGACAAACGUACUGCUACUGAUAAUACUACAGCGAGUUACCUAAUUUUGGCGAAUAUGUGAAAAAACAUUCUUCAUUGCUGCCUUUUUUUAAUCAAAACGAAAAUGGAUAAUAAAGUUCUAGAUUGCGACAAUAAUGUCGAAGAACACACUGCAGUUAAUCAAACACUUGCAUCUACACCGUCCUCAUCGACAUCUGGAUGUGUUUCCGGCGAUGACACUUCUGAUGGAAAGUCUGUACCAGCAAGUAUUGUUACUGCGGAGAAUUAUCUCACUAUUUCUGAAGAAUCCCAAGCUCUAUGUUCUGUUGAGGACCUGACAAAAGCUGUUGAACAAUGUAAGGAAAUGGUUUUGGAUAGUGCUGAAUGUUCAGAAGAAAGAAAAUGGCUUGUGCGUCGAUUGAUAGAGUUGAGACUGCGGCUUCAAGAAGCUAGAGAGGCAACUGAACAAGAAAAUGGUUCUCCGACACAACAUAGUGAACUGAAAGUAGUUCUUGGUCAUCAUUUUGCACUGCAGAACCAGCCAGCUGCAACAGCAAAACAUCAUUGUGAUCGUUGUUCUGGUGUCAUUUGGAGUGUUGUUCAUUCAUGGUAUCAGUGCUCUGAUUGUCGCUAUAGCUGUCAUGUGAAGUGUCUCCCACAAGUUUGCAGGGUAUGUGCUCAUGUAACAUCAUCAGAAAAUCCCCUAUAUAUUCUUGAUAUAUGUCCAGAAGUGGGAUUAUCAGCCCAAGCUUAUCGCUGCGCUGAAUGUAAAGCUCAUAUCACUUUCACUUUCCCAAAAGGAUUGUCCUGUUUUGGACGCCCAUUUACUUCAGAAAAUAGUUGGGUGGAACCUCGCUUAUGUGAUUAUAAUGGCCAUUACUAUUGCCCAAACUGUCAUUGGAAUAUGACAUGUGUCAUUCCUGCCCGUGUUGUUCAUAAUUGGGACUUUGAAGAGAAGCCAGUUUGUCAAGCUACGAGACAACUUCUGCAACUGAUGGUUAAGAGACCGGUUUUAAAAUUGCAGGAAUUAAAUCCCAGACUUUUCGGAUUUGUGGAAGAACUUUCUCUUGUUAAGAAAAUACGUGAAGAUAUUUUGCUUAUGAAGAAGUAUUUUGUAUUAUGUAAAGAAGCUACUGAGAGCAAGCUGCUAUGGCAACUGAAUGAUAGACUCCAUUUUAUAGACAGCACAGACUCGUACAGUUUACAAGAUCUGAUUGAUAUUAACUCCGGAAAAUUGCUAGAAUAUCUUGAAAAAGUGCAGUCAGUAUUUGUAAAGCACAUCAAAGAAGAAUGCAAGUUGUGUUAUGGAAGGGGUUACGUUUGUGAACUGUGUGAUGAUAGUGAAGUUAUAUUUCCAUUUGAUACUGUCGCUGCAAUUUGUCAGAAAUGCUCCACUGUGUUUCAUAAAAACUGCUGGAUGAAGAAGAAUCACCACUGUCCAAAGUGUGCACGUAUCCAAGAGCGUGCUAAACGGAAAGAAAGUACUUCAAGUGAUGAUGGGUGAAGAAUGUAUAUUGACGCAGAGAACUAAAGCUAAAUUACAAAAUAUGUAAUUUAGCUGACAUAUCUAAAUUUCAAAUAUUUAUUGCUUUGAGACUAAUUUUAUUUUAUGGAAGCAUAUGAAGAGGUGUUUAAAGAGUAACUUGUACAAUAUUCAUUAAUUAUUAACGAUGCAUAUGAAUAACAUAUGCUAUGAAAUGCUUUCUACAUUUCAUAUGUUUGUUUUAUUGUUUGUGAUCUACAUACAUGUAACAUGUGUGUUUAAUUAGAUGCUAUAUUAGUGUUCUGUGAAACAGUGUCAAGCUGUUAGUAACCAAUUUGUAUUUUAAUAUGAAGGCAUAAUGUGCAUAACAGUGAAGCAUUACAAGCAUCUCUUUAGCUUUUAUUUGUAAACAUUUUAUGUUGCUGAUAUUGUUUUACCUGCAAUCUAGGUUUCAAAUAGGAAAAAUAACAAAUUGAGUGAGUAAUCUGUGCCUUCUUUAUUCAAGUGAGGUGUUACCUCACAUGGUCAUAAAGAAUUCUUUAUAUUCAGUACCUGAAAGUAAUAUUCCUUAUAUUUAGCUCAAAAAUUGUUUUAGUCUUUUGUAUAUUUGUGUAAAAUACCUGUUAUAUUGUUUUAGUAAUUUACAAAGACUCCUUUCAUUUUGUUAGGUGUAUUGGAAAAGACUGAUUUGAAAUUUAGGACAAACAUCUUUUGUUAUCUUCAUAGAAUAAAUUAAACAAAAUACAGACUCUGGAAACGGUAAUAGUGACCAAGAGCAACUGCACCAUCACUGAAGUGAAUUUUAUUUCAAUAUUUUAAUUGACAUUUUAAAAUUAAGGCAUUAUGCCAUGAGUUAAGAUAAUGAUAACUGUGACUGGUGUAAGGCAGGAAUAUUUUUGUGUAUUUGUUUUGCUUGAAAUCCUGUGGAAAUGGUUGAUUCAUGGAUAGAUUUUAUAAACGAUGUGCGAAAUCUGUAAUGAAAAUAAUCCCAAUUAUUAAAAAAUUAAUGAAUUUGAUUUCCUUUUUAAAAUAUAAAAGUAAAGUAUUGUUAUUGAUAAUCUGAAUAAAGCUAGGUUGUCAGAAAAGUAUUUCAGAAUAAUUCUGGUCCAAUUCUGGAACAAAUUAUAUCGAAUCUACUUCUGAGGACUUCUGACUUCUUCACAAUUUUUCAUAAUGAUUUUGUUUCAUUUUUGUUCUUUAACAUUGGCUUACAUCAAGUUCAUGGUUUUUAGGCGAGUUUUAAUUUUUGUUUGUCAGUUUUUUUAUGCAAUGUUCUGGAAACAUUCUUAAAAUUCUCUCAUCAGAGUACUACUUAUAAAUCAUUAAAAUUCACCUGAUGAUUGGAAACUGUAUUUGUCAAAAGGUGUGAAAUCUUUUUGAACAAUUUAUUGCAUGCAUUAUUUAAGUAAUGACCCAUUAUGUGAAGUACUUUUGCACUUUUAUGCACAUUUACUAUUAUUCUUACAUAUAGCAGGUGAAAUUUUUUUUAAAAAGCUUCAAAACUUAAGAAUGAUUGGUUCUAGUGUAUUCAACUCUCUGACAUUAAAAGAUAGCAGAUCCCAUGAGACUUUAUAAAAUUUAGAUCAAUUUUAAAGUAACAUCUUGACACAGUUUUACUCUUAUGGUAAAGAGUGUGUGAGUUACUUAACUCGUGAGUGAUGUGAUAUUUGACCUGUACAAUUGACUUGAAAUUUGUAAACUUUUACAAAGCACUCUUCCAUCUUAAGAAAACUACCUUACUCUAAAUUUUCCGAAGAUUGUUUAAAGAUCAAAACUUGGUCAUGUUUUGUAUGUUGCUCCUGUGAAGCAAUUGGAGAGUGUACUCAUAUUGAUACUUACUUGAGAAAGAGAAUUCAGAAAACAAAAUUAAAUUUCUGUGUUCUAUUUGAGGUUGGAGACUGCACUUGUGAUACUAUACCGAUGCUUAUUUUUAUUGUUAUUUUUCAUUUGUAGCUUUAUGUGAUAAAACUUUUUUUCAUGUUGUAUGAUGUAGCAAAAUUGUUCACUAAGAGUUGAUUGAUUGUGUUACUUGACAAAGACACAUUCAUUUUUCAGAACAUUUUUUCCAUGUCUUUUUGAAACUAAUGCCAAUCAACAAAUUCUGUACCUUGUUUUGAUCUCAAAAGUUGCCUACAUGGAGUUAUCUAGUAGUCUUAGAAAUUACCAUAGAGAGAAUUUUACAACAGGAAAGUGAAAACCGUUGAAAAGGAAAUGGUUAUUGGAACUGUCGUGAAGAGCAGAAACAGCGAAAAUAAUGUUGCAUUUGAUGGCUUCCACACAGUUUUUCAGCAUCAUCUUGCUGAACGUAUCUAAAUACAAUGCCUAGUUUAUUUAUUUAUUUAUUUAUGUAAUAUUGUGAUUUUCAAAAACUACAUGCCUAGAAACUUUCUGGGCUCCUGCACUUCAUAUUCAUCUCUUUGGUUGGACAUUAAAAGAACUACUCUAUCAUGAUGUAUAAGAACUCAUUUGAACCUUUUUCACUGCUAGGCAUGUGCCUGUACAUUGCUGGGACCAGUGACCAAAGUGCUUUGAAUGUGUUUGUACAUUCAGGGCUCGUGGUGCCUCAUCUGCUAUGAACGAUUAUGUUUGUCUUGUUUGGGUUUGCUUCUUUCCUUUGAUAUAAGGUUGCCCAUUAUGUCUCUGUGAUUGGGAAGAGUUCGGUGCCUUCUUAAAGUUUUAAGGCUUUCUUUCAUUUCAAAUAGAUGGAGCUUGUGUCAUUUUCUUAGGACUGAACCAUUGCGUUCAAAUUAGUGCAUUCAAAAUGUACAAUUUGGCUCCCUAAUAAAUAUUUUUUGUCUUCCCCCAAAGCAUGUCUUUUGAAGGAAAUAUAGGAUUGAUUGUUAUUUUGGAACACCUAGAAGAUAAGUCUACUAGGUCUACCGAACCAGUGCAAACAGGAACAGGAUCAUACCUUAACAUCUGCAGUUAAUGGUAAUGACUAUGAUUUUGUUAUCUAAUGUUCCAGGUAUUGUUUCUGGAAGUCUUGCUGUUUCUUACUUGGACAUUGACUUCAUAUUUAGACACGUUUUACUGAUUUCAACGAGGUUUAUCUUUCUAUUGAUAUUAUUUAAUCAGUAUGACAGGUGGAAUUUUUGGUAAAAUUGUGGAAAAUAUAUGAAAUAAGGACUACACUUAGGGUGCACAACAGCGCAAAGUGCUCAGCGCUGCGGGUGCUUCACCUGGUCGAUGAAACAGCACAGCGGACAUGCCAGGAGCUUGCAGCGAUUAGCAGUGCAAGGUUGAUUAUCAAUGUACUUUAAUAUAUUUCUAGACUUUGUGGAUACAACAAAUUUACACUGUCAGUAAAUGAUGUGUAGUUACAAUUGCAGCAGUUAAGGACAUUGAAGAUAGAACAAGUUUUUAAUCACAUCAAGAAAAUCAGUUGUUUGUACAAACUUUCAAGAAUUGUUUGAAGAGGCUUCUCUAUAUUAUCUUUCUGAAAGUUUGCUAUGGUGGUAGAGUGUCAAUCAAGGUUGCCAUUAGCAAACUAUUUUCUCUUCUCCAUUGUUUCUUUAUAUCAUGGGAUCUUCUAAAUGUUUUCAAAUAGCCUUAUUUACAUUAAAAAACAGAGUCAAAGUAACAAUCGUAUUUAAUUUAUGGUUCAGAAUCAAAACUGGGACUAGUCUGCAUUUUCUAUAUGAAAUUUCAGAAAACAGAUUGAAAACC